AUGUGUUUGUAUCGGGAAUAUUUCCUAAGAGACUUCGAUGCUGGUACUGGACCAUAUUACUCAGAUCUUCUCAUAACAUAUUGGGCUGCCUUUGUAGCAGAUAAACAAUUGAGUCUCUAUUUCGGAAGACCACCCGCUCUUUACCCUGGAGAGUCAGAUGUCCACGACACUGUACGAAUUCCUUACCCACCAGAAUGGAAGUCUCUUCUCAACAAGUACAUUAUGCCAGGUACAUCGGAAACUGCGUACGAAGAUGGUCUUACACUAGUCGCUUCAUGGGUUCACCAGAUUGAGCUUUGCAAGAUCUUACAUGGAAUGAUCACGAAAGUCUUCGAGAAUAGAAACUUGAAUACUGAUCCCACGAUCCUGGCGACCUCGAUUAGAGAGGUAGAUGUAGCUUUGACGAAAUGGCUCAAAAAUUUACCGGCGAAACUUCAGUGGACAAAAUGGAGCGUGGCCGACGUGCCCCCUUUUGUACUUCAUCUGCAUAUGCAAUAUCACACAGCGAUGAUAAUCCUUCACCGUCCACCGAGAGCUGCUUUUAAAGAACCGGGAAUCGGCGAGACUGAAGAUGUUCAAAUAUGCUACGAGUCAUUGGAUAUCAUUAUGAAACUCCUCCGAAUGCACUCUAACAACCUUCAGAACUAUCCCUAUAGACACCUACCUAUUACGUUUGUCCACACACUUGCAUCGGCCGCAAGUAUCAUAUUGAUGAGAAGAUACAUCAAAGGCUCUUCUUGGAAAGAACCCAUAGUGUCAAGAGCUUUGGAUCAAAUAUUAGAAGCUGUAAAUGGUGUAUCAUUGACAUGGACAUGCGCAAACCAAAUCCGAGAUGUCAUUACCUCUGCUAUUAAAAAACCAUCAGCAGAAGAUCCUCAAAAUGCCUCCCCAAAGGAUUUUGAUCUCAUGGCGGGCCUUAUUGAUCCUGGAGUUGACAGCACGGCUUCACUGGACGGUGUAGACUGGGAUAGUCUUGCCAUGAACGAUACUGAUUUUGAGAUUUUCAUGGGGAACGAUUUCGCUGUCGAUUUUUCAACAUGUUCUGAUGGAUCUUUUCCGCAGAUAUGA